CAUCCCAGUGCAGAUCUCUCGGCUUCUCUCUCCAGUUUUGAUCAUGAGGCGUUUGCCUUUAGUGUGUGUCAUCGCCUGUGGCCUUGCAGCUGGUUUUGCAUCCUGCGACAAGGCGGUCGGUUCAGAUCUGGUCAUCACGACCGUCGAGCGGACCAUCGACACCGAGAAGCCCGUGGUCAGCUCAGUGGCCGCCAUCACCUUCGCCAACGAGGGCGCCAAGGGCGUGAGCAAGUUCUUCUGGGCAGUCCCCAAAUGGCAGGCCAACUUCACUGGUACUGACUGUACACCCAGACAGACAGACAGACAGACAGACACACAGACGGACAGAGCAGAGAAUGCCCGUGUGCAGAGAGAGGGAUAUGUGUGUGUGGUGUUGUGUAUGUGUCAGGCUGGAUACUGGCCGAGGACGAAAGAGGCAUGCCGCUGGAGGCGACUGAGUACGAGAUGGAGGGGGCGGAGAGUGAGGAGGUCGUGCACUACAAGGUCAUGAUGAAGCGCCAGAUAGAGCCCAAGAAGACGGCCGCCAUACAAGUGACCAUGUUCCUCGGCAACGCGCUGGUCCCGCUGCCCAGGAAGAUCAACAUCGAUGUGCGCACGCAUCAAGACACACCACACCGCAGACACCGCACAGCAGCUGCACACAUACACACAUACAUCACACACACAAUGUGCCCCCUCCCAUGGCAUGGCCUUUGUUUUGUGUGUGUGUGCAGGAUGAGCAUGAAGUGGUGUACUCGGACCUGCUGUAUUUCUUCACCCCCUACAGAGUGAAGGAGCAGUGGCUCAAGAUCAAAACCGCCACCAAAGACAUAAGGUCGGUCUGCAUAUGGGCGACUAACUGGAUGGCUGGAUGGCUGGGUGGCUGGGUGGGCAUUGUCUGUCUGUCUGUCUGUCCAUCGCUGUCCACGUCUGCAGGUCUUACAAGCCCAAGCUCAAGAACAGUUCCUCCGACGUGUCGAAGCGGACCGUCUCAUACGGCCCCUUCACGAAGGAGACCCCACCAUACUACACGGGUCGGUCGGCCCGGUCCCCGGGCCAUGUGUUGUUCCCUCCCAUCCCCCCAAAGCCAAAGCAUGUCUGUGUGUCGUGUGCAGGUGAGGGCGAUAAGCAGUUCGUGUCUGUUCACUGCUCGAUGCCCAAGCCGCUGCCCAUCCUGAGAAGGGUCGUCAGGGACAUAGAGGUCGGCCAUGGUCUCACUGACACACAACACAACACAACGCAGCGCAGCACAGCACAGCACGCCACACGUGUGUAUGUUGCUCUGCCUGUCGGUUACUUGUUUUGCUUACAGGUGUCUCACUGGGGCAACGUCUUCUUCCACGAGUCCUUCCAGCUUUACAACGGUCGGCACACACUCUCAACACACACACACACACACACAUGGAUGGAUGGAUGGAUGUGUGUGUCGUUGGUGCAGCCGCUGCUGGCUUGAAGGGCGAGUUCAGCCGGAUCCCCUUCAUGACCCGCAGAUAUCCGCCACACGCCAUCGAGAAACUCAGUGAGUCAAAAGGCCGCGCACACACACGCACACACACACUGUUGGAUGGAUGUGUGUGCGUGUGCGUGUGUGUGUGUGUGUGUGUUUCAGCUGCGAGGAUACCCUACCCUCUGCAGGGGCUCCACUACUAGUGAGUGCGGGCAGGGCAAUAGGGCAGGGCAGGGCAGAGCUAGACACGCCACGCCCACACGCAGCAGAAGUACUCAUCGAUUUUGGAUCGGUGUAUCCGUGUGUGUGUGAUGUGACUGUGUCCGCUUCAGCGACCACAUAGGCAACAUAUCCACCUCCACAGUCGCCAUCAGCAAAGUGAGUGAGCCGCUCACGGGCCCCCACCCACUCACUAGUGUGUGUGCGUCUCGCGUCCUGACUGAUGGAUGUGUCGGCCUUUAGAAUCGCACUUACGUCCGUCUCGACCUGCGGCCGCGGUACCCCAUCCUGGGCGGAUGGAACGCCGAUUGGUCAGACACACACACACACUGACAGGGAGGGAGGGAGAGAGAGAGAGAACACACGAAGGGUCUCUCUCUCUCUCUCCCUCUCUCUGACUUUGCAGGCAGCUGCAGUACAACGUGCCCUCGGCGAGUGUGCUGUUUGUCAACAAGACCCGGCCGUCGCAGCACGUCCUCAACAUACCCUUCUCGCACCCAAUCAAGGAGGUCCGGUCCUCCCUUGCCCUGCCAGGCAGACACGCACACACACAUGGAUGUCUGUCUGUCUAUCUGUCUGUCUGUGUGUGUGUGUGUGUCUGUCUGUGUGUGCGUGUGUGGGGUGCGAUGCACAAACAGGUCUAUGCCGAGGAGGUGAUAACGCGGAUCGCUUUGCCGGCGGGAUCGCACGACAUCCAGGUGGGUAGCUGGGGGGGCGCGGUGUGCGCCAUUCCUUCACCGAUGUGUGUGUGUGUGUGUGUGUGUGUCAGAUCCGGUUCCCUCGUGAAGUGCAGAAGCAGUGGAAGGAGGUCAAGUGGGGCUGGUUCGACGUCUUCCAGGUUAGUCGGUCAGUCGGUGCGGGUGUGUGUGUGUGCACCGAGGCGCACACACACACAGACCUGUGGUGGGUGUGGUGGGUUGGUGCGUUGGUGGGCUGCAGGGGCGUCCCGUGUACGCCUUCACGUCUGACCGCUACUACUUCACGCAGACACUCCAGGACAGACUGGAGGUACAUUCCAUUCAAUUCCAUUCCAUUCCACACACAGCACACCACACCACACACCACACACCACAUGGCGGAGGAUGGCAGGCAUGGCGUUGUUGUUGUUAGGUGACAUACGAGUACGGCGGUUUUGCGACGUACGAGAAGCCGCUGGUCAUCAUCCUGUUCUUCUUCAUCCCAUACGCCCUCUACAUCCUCUCCGGGCGGUUCACCCUGCGCAUACUCAAGGCAGGCGAUGCGAUGCGAUGGACCAGAGCAGACCAGCUGACCGACCAGACCACUGCACUGACCCACCACGCCACACCCUCACACAGAGAGGGAGGGAUGGAUGGAUGGAUGUGUGUGUGUGUGUUUAGGAGGGUGAGAAGGAGCAGCUUGACCGGAUUGAGAUGCAGAAGACCAUCAUCAGCCACCUCAGAGACCUUUACGAGGCAGGCAGCCGAGCAACUCAGACACACUUACUCACAGACACACAGAUUCAUCCUUUGUCCUUUGUGCCUUUGUUCGUUCAGGAUGUGUCACACGUCAAUGAUGGCCUCCUCACCGCAGCAGCCAGCUACAGAAGUGGGCGACAGACACACACCGCACCGAGAGAGGGAGAGAAAGGCAUUCUGUCAUUAUCAUGUGUGUGUGUGUGUGUGUGGUCAUCCAGGCCGUCCGAUCAAGCCCCACUGGGAGGCCGCCAAAGCCUCACACGAGAAGAACUCCACACGGAUCGUCACACACAUGAAGGAGGUACGGCGCACAGCACACAGAUCCAUCCAUUAUCCCAUCGGCUGUGCGAGUGUUGUUGUUGCUGGUCAGAUGAUCGUCAACCUGCCCCAGCCACAGCAAGAGAAGGUCACCCAUCACACACACACACACACACACAGAGAGAGAGAGAGAGACAGACACAGACAGACAGAGACAGGGAGAGAGAUUAUGACUCGAGAAACCCGGUGUGCGCACUCUCUCUCUCUCUCUCUGCGUCAUCCAUGCCAUCUAUGCAUCAGCUGGAGGUCUUUCUCAAGUCUGUGCAGGAGGAGGUCGUCAAGCUGGCCAACGUCAAGGCCGCCGACGAGGCCGCCUCGCCCACCAGCAAGAAGACCACCAAAGGCAGCGAAAGCGAUACCCUCGUGAGCACACACACACACACAGAGACACACAGAGACACACACAGGCACACACAGGCACACACAUAUACACACACACACGCACCCACAGAGACACACACACAACCUCCCACGCUUAAGCUUCUUCUGUGUCUGUCUUCAGGAGCGGAAGAUAGUCGAUUUGGAGAACCAGUUCUUCAACAUCCUGGAGUCGCUCGAACAGAAGGCGUAAAGGGGUGGACCAAUGAGGGAUGGUGUGUGGUCUGUCUGUCUGUCUGUGUGGUGGGCCCGGCACACCCACCCGCACAGAGACAGACAGACACCUUACUUACGUGUGUGGGCGUGGACUAUUUAACUCACUCUCUGUGUGUGCACUGCAUGAGUGUAGCCCACCCGCCCCCCCGCCCACCACAAGCGCACUUACCCCCAGCUCACUCAUUCACUCAUCAGAGAGGUUUCGCUGCAUGAGCGAGCCAAUUCACCCUCGGUGUGUGUCGAUCUGUCGAUCUACCUACCUGUCUAUCGCACGUCAGUCUCGAUACGACCACACUCUCUUUUCCGUUUCUGUGUGUGCAUGUGUGUUGUGUGUCUGUCUUUACACCGGCCCUCCAACAAGCGCGGUGGGCCGCCUGAUUGCGUGCGUGUGAGGAGAGUGACUGACUUACCAGAUAUCGGCGAUGCGGUCGUGGGGCCUAGCUGGUGUGAGGGUAAUUAAGGGUGCGGCGGCGCAGGACAUCACGCAAUAAGCACGCCGUGCAG